GUUCUUUUUAUAGGUAUUGCAUGUUGACUAUGGGUAAGUUAUAGGGAGGGUGAGGACCCACUCAGCUUCUCUGUAUACAUGUUAAUGGACAUUUAAAGGGCGUGCAGUAGAAAGUGGACAUUGUAUGGGGCUAUGUUCACUGGCAUAUCCACAUUAAGGAAAGCUUUGGUCAAAAACAUCCGGGUCCCCACCAGAUGUUUCACGACAAAGACCAUCCAAGCUGUUUCAGACUUUAUCGAUAUCAGACACGAUGCCACCUUAUUUCGAAGUUCCCAAAAAUCCGGAAAGACGAGAACCUCUACGCCUCGUGAGGAGGCAGACAUCACUCAAGCCGUUAGAUUUCUGAUGAGUAACAUCAUACUAAAGUCCUCGGAAGACGAUCAUCGAUUUAAAGUUCAGUUUCUUCAGCUUAUUGGAAGCGUCCACGAGGAGACGAAAAUUGUGAAGCAGAAUGAAUUCGACUUCUUUGCAGUAUUUGAUUACAAUAUCAUAUAUGAUAAGAAAAUGCGCUUAGAACCCGGUUGUAGACCUGGUUUUACAAAGAUCCGCGUACAGGGCAACGCUAAUGAGUGGUUCGAUUACUGUCAGGGUCACUAUUUGUCCCCCCAUAUCUGUAUGAGGCGGUUCGAGAGCCUUCUUCCGAAUCAACUAGGGGACCUGGAACCAGUCAAAACUACAUCCGGGACAUUGCGUGGUUGGAAGAGACGGAAGCGGACAUUUGACUUGAUUUGGGAGAAUCGUGACGAUCACAUGAUCAUCGCAGUGGACGUGAUGCCGGCAUUUCUUGUCCACUACCGAGAUUUACCACAAACUUUACGUGAACCGUGCACUGACAGCAGGAUGGAGCAGCUAGGAGCCGAUCAUUCUAGUUUUCUGAUCCCGCGUUCAUGCGAACACCAUUAUGAAGGAAAGUGUUGGCAUAACUCAUUUGCUCAUGCCGAAAGUACCUUGAUUAGGAAUAUGGACGCGCAGAAAAAGAAAUGUCACCGUGUGUUAAAAUUGCUGUUUGUGAACAGUGAAAAAUUUGAUAACUCAAACUUCUUGUCGUCAUAUGCGCUGAAAUCCACCAUCAUGUACAAGUCGAAGAAGGAUUAUGAGAAUGAAUUUCAAUUUCUUUUGUACGUUCUUAUCCACUUUGCCAAGUGUUUUGAUCAAACAUGUAUGCCUACGUAUUUUUUGACAAAGACCAACAUUUGGAAAAACAUAAUUGAACAUAAAACGCACAACGUUUGGGGGGCAAGGUUUCUCUAUGACUUCCGCGUGAGUCGACAGAUUCUGAAGCACGUCAGCCGUUCGGAGCUGGAGGUCCGCUUUGCGGCCUGGAACGUGGCAGUUGUCCUGGAGUUUUGGCGCCGUGUCAUGAUUCUCCUGAUUGUUCUCCUCUCUAAGGCGGAAUCCUCAAUGGACAUUGAGUUCUUUCUGAGCGUGAUUCACGAUUCUCAUACAAAGGACAACCAAUUCUAUAUGGACCAUCAGAGAAACAGGAAGUCUAACUGGGUUUUGAUGGCCUCUCAGUACGAAGUGCUGAUGAUAAGAGCAAAGCAAAGAAAAAUCAUACGUGAGUUGGACCUUCCCGUAUUUUCGGAGUUAAUAAACGAGUUUAGAAAAUACGGAAUAUUGGACUUGAAAGCGUUAAAUAGCCUAAUCAAAGAAAAUAGAUACGACUUUCAGGCUGGUAAGUUCCCCUUAGUAAGCCUAGACGUGAAGAGGUACGCUAAUGUGUAUGUCCCUCACACAUCCUCCUGCAAAACAGAGACGCUAUACCGUCGUAAGUACUACCCUAAAAACGAAGCUGGUGGCCCGACCACAAACCCGCUACCAAUUGAUACAUUACGAUAAUGCGGGGACUAGUACACUGUUGUGUGGGACUAGUACACUAUUGUGUGGGAACCAGUACACUAUUGUGUGGGAACCAGUACACUAUUGUGUGGGACUAUUACACUAUUGUGUGGGGACUAGUACACUCAUGUGUGGUGAAUCAGUAUACUAUUGUGUGGGAACCAGUACACUCAUGUGUGGGGACCAGUACACUAUUGUGUGGGAACCAGUACACUAUUGUGUGGGAACCAGUACACACAAUAGUGUAGGAACCAGUACACUAUUGUGUGGGACUAGUACACUAUUGUGUGGGAACCAGUACACUAUUGUGUGGGGAACCAGUACAUUAUUGUGUGGGGAACCAGUGCACUAUUGUGUGGGGACCAGUACACUAUUAUGCGAGAUCAAAAGACAAAGUCUCUUAAUGCUGUUAGACCUGAACAUGGUACAUGUACGGGGUAUGACUGUUCCUUCAUCAAAUGCUCGUCUGAAGAACUGAGUGCCACAGACCUGCAGUAGACGGCCGUUUCACUAACUGGUCGUAAGUCGUAAACGCACGAUUACUUUUACGAUCACUCUGACGCGCAGGUAUACCAGCGUUUCACGAAACCUGUCGUAGGCGUAACACUUACGAUUGCGUCUGACGUUUUAGAACUUUUCUCUCUACGGAGAUACAUUUAAAAUUAAUCUUACUGUGGAGAGAAAAGUUCAGUCAUGAUUUCCUCAUGACUUUGAAUACAUCCUUACCGUCUGCAGUAAUCUACAUGUGUACAAUAUGUAUGACAAAUCCAUGUUGUUGAUGAAGAUAAUAAAAAUCUUGAACCCGA